CACGCAUCUAAGCAACAGACAGUAAACAAACCCUUGCACGUUGUCAUUGUCAUAGAGCUUCAGAAUGAGUCGUGUUUACGGUGAGAACAGAAGUGACAGAAGUUAAUGCACCAGCACGAGAUGUCUGCUCGCUCUGUGUUUGAUGGCGUCGUGUUCAUGCCAUCCCAGAUCAAGCUUCUAGAAGAUUUCAAGCGAGACAUGCACCCUGAUAAAGUGAAUCUCGCAGGGAGGGAGUAUGUUGGAGAGCAUGGACACACCACAUGGCUUCCUCUUGUACGAAAAAUCAAGCAGCAAAUUGCCACAGACCCGACUUUAACCCCAGAGUACCCACCCAACCUUGGGAUCCCAGAAUUCACCAGAAGGGCAACUGAACUUGCAUUGGGCAAAGAUAGCCCUGCCAUUGUGGAAAGCAGGGUAUUUGGUGUCCAAACAGUUGGAUGUACUGGAGCAGUGCAUCUGGGUGCUGAGUUACUGAGAUCCUGCUACUGUUCAAGUUCUUCCUGGAGUGGACCCAUCUUGCUCUCCUCACCCUGUGAUGACUCACUGGCAGGCAUCUUUAAGGCAGCAGGAAUCGAAGAUGUGCAAUAUUACCGGUUCUGGGAUGCAGAAUCCAAUGGAGUGUGUGUGGAAAACAUGGUGCGUGACUUGGAGAAUGCUCCAGAACAAUGUCUGGUGGUCCUGUUUGCUUCAGGCCACCGUCCCACCGGUGCUGAACUUUCUCAGGAGGACUGGAAACGCGUGGCUGAGGUCAUGGUGAAGCGCCAGUUAUUUCCAUUCUUCUUGAUGUCUGCCCAAGGCUUGUGCAGUGGUUCUCUUGAACAAGACGCCUGGCCUGUUCGUCACUGCGUGUCUUUGGGGCUUGAACUUCUCUGCGCUCAGUCUUUUUCUUACAACUUUGGCCUUUAUGGCGAGAGAGUGGGGCAUCUUCUCUGCGUGUUAAAGCAGAACCUGCUGGCUGUACAAUCUCAAGCUGAGAAAAUCGUUCAGACGCUUUGGUCCUGUCCCCCGAUGGAAGGGGCCAGGGUGGUUGCCACCGUAUUAAGUAAUCCUGCUCAUCUAGUUGACUGGCAGGAGAGUGUGAAGGCCAUCGCUGAACGAUGCAUGCUAAUCCGAGAGCGUUUGCGUGAGAGACUGAGGCUUCUGGGUGGUCCGUGGCAUUGGGAUCACAUAAUAAAACCUGGAGGGCUUUAUUGCUGUUUUGGACUCAAUACUCAACAGGUUGAGUUCCUGGUUCAGAAGAAACAUAUCUACUUGUUACCCAAUGGGUGUCUGAAUGUUAGUGCCAUUAACAGCCGUAACCUGGACUAUGUUGCUGAAUCUAUACAUCAAGCCUUAAGUUCUAAACUCUGAUCUCACUUCACACUGAAACUGCUACAAAACCCCAAAUUUAAUCAAGGAAACUUUUAACUUUCUUUGGCUUAACUUUUACCAAAGGCUGUAAUGUAGACAGACCUGCAGUCAACAUUGCUGGUUUCCUAUUUGUUAUUUUAUUUGUUGUGAUAUAUCUAUAUGACAGUUUUCGAUAGGGCCGAAAGAAGUAACUCAUAAGAAAUAAAAGUACAUCUGUAUAUCAACUGCAGUGUGAUGAACACUUAUCAAUCAACAUUCUCACAUUUCUCUCAUACAACACUCAGAAGAUUAUUCUUUACCAUAUUGACACAUCAGUAUUCAAAACAUUAUUUCUUAA